UUGUCAUCUGAUAAGGUUACUCGAGUAUAUUCUGAUAAUUAAAGUGACUCAACAAAUAAUGUUUUCGUAAUACUAAAAUCCCGGAUAUGUUUCAUGAAUUCAUGAUGUCAUAACUUGUGCCGUUCUUGUAUUUUUAUUAUUUAUUAUUUCAUUAUAAAGUACGACUACAACUGGAUAAGCUACUUGCAAUUCGUCUAGAGUUUGGCAAAAUGAAAUUCUUAUUGUUGUUAAUUAGUUAUAUUUACUUAACUUCGUACGAAGUGGAUGCACAUGGAUCAGGAGCACCCGAAAGUACUUGUAAAUCAAUGAAUCCAAAACAUGGUGCAACUGCUCAGACAAUACCUGCCCCUUACGAAGUAUCUGUAAAACCUUUAAAUGGACAGUUCGAAGUAUCUAUAAAGUCAAAAAAUUUCAAUAAAUUUAGAGGCUUCUUUCUUCAAGCAAGAGAAAAAGAUAAUCCAGAUGAGAUCGUUGAUGGAGAAUUUACUUUGCCUUCAAAUACUAAACAUGUAAAUUGUGAAAGUAGUCAGAGUGCUCUCACUCAUAACAGCAACAUUGAUAAAAAUGAAAUUACAACAGUAUGGACAUCAAGAGGUGGAUAUAAAGGAUAUAUUAUUUUCAGGGCAACAGUUGUUAAAACCGCCAAAGAAUUUUGGACAAUGGUUGAUUCAGAUCCUGUUGAAGUUUCUGACUCUCAUAUUCCUUCUACUGUUACUACAAAGAAACCUAUGUCUGAUAAAUCGCUUUUAACGUAUGAUGAGUGUGGUGGAACAAAAGGAUGUUUUGGAAUGCCUGAAAAAUGUAUUGAAAAUAAAAACUGUGAUAUAUUGUUUUCUCAUGCCUAUGAAUCUGGCAAAGAUUUGGUAGAGUUUGAAAUCAGUACUAAAGUUGAUUCAAUUUCUGGACAUUGGAUAGCUGUUGGGCUAUCUGAGGAUCAACUCAUGGGUUCAGACAGUGUUGGAGAUUGUGUUGUUGCUAAUGGCAAACCAUCUUUUCACUAUUCAUGGAAUGAAGAUAAAUCAAAUGCAAUUAGAAAUAAGAUUUCUGGAAUUGAAGUUGUUAGUGCUACACUUAAAGAUGGUAUUCUGAGCUGUAAAUGGACAAGAGAAAUAAGCUUGGUUGAAAAUGGAAUUUCAUUUGAUCUGAUAAAUAAUAAAUAUUAUCUUCUUCUGGCUAAUGGACCUUUGGAGUCAUUGUCACCAAUUAUAAAAAGACAACAUGAUUCUACCUUAUAUUCAAGUAGCAAAGUAAAUUUGACAAGUAUUAGUAAUAUUACUGGAAGUAGCAGUUUUGCACCAUUAUUCAAAGCACAUGGAAGUCUAAUGAUAAUAGCCUGGGCUGGAUUAGUCAGUAUUGGUAUUCUUUUGGCAAGACAUUAUAAAGAUGCCUGGGAUGAAAAAACACUGUGUAAUGUGAAGAUUUGGUUUGCACUCCAUAGAGCUUUUAUGGUUACUGCUGUUCUAAUGAUUGUAACUGCUUUUAUAUUGGUAUUUGUGUAUCUUAAACAAUGGACUAAUAAGGCAACAACACAUGCAAUUCUUGGUUGUGUAGCUACAGGAUUUGCUGUUUUACAGCCUAUUGGAGCACUUUUCCGUCCAGGACCAACAGAUUCCAAACGUCCAAUUUUUAAUUGGUUGCAUUGGAUGGGUGGAAAUGCAGGAUUUAUAUCGGCAAGUAAGUAUAGCAUUAAUUUUAAUAAUGCAGGGUGUUCUGCUCAAAGGUACCCAAUUUUGAUUUGACUAUAGAAAAUUAAC